AAAUUAUGACACGAUUCACGAGCCCACUUCAUCUCCAGGUCUACAUGAUUUAUAAUGGCUUUGCAAGAUCACGACAUCGAGAAGCUCGAUGGUACGGAAGUAAGUGUUGGUUCCAAUCGACAUCCAAGUGAGCCCAUCACUCCCAUCAUUCCUCCUGAAGGAGGUCUUACAGGCUGGUUAUGCGUUAUCGGUUGCUCAAUGUGCAUGUUUUCCACCUUUGGUUUCCUCAAUGCAAUUGGAGUGUUCCAGACGUACUACCAACUUCAAGAACUCAGUCAAUAUACCCCCUCUACCAUUUCUUGGAUCUUCGCUCUACAAUUAUGUCUCAUGUGGCUUCCAGCUCCGUUGUUUGGCCGUCUCUUGGAUACUUAUGGUCCUACUCCAGUCUUGAUACCGUGCAGCGUUCUUUGCGUCUUUUCCUUGUGUAUGACUUCACUGUGUCAUAAGUAUUAUCAAAUUAUUCUUGCUCAAGGGAUUGGGUUCGGUUUUGGGGCCUGCGGUAUCUUUGUAGCUGCAUUUGUGUGUGCAGGACAAUGGUUUGAAAAGAGGAGGGGAUUGGCUCUCGGAAUUGUUACUGCUGGAAGUAGUUUGGGCGGAGUGGUAUUUCCAAUCUUCGUCAAUAAACUCAUUGAUGAAGUCGGCUUUUAUGGUACUGUCCGUUAUGUUGCGCUUCUUAUUGGCAUCCUUCAAGUUUGUGCGUGCUUUCUUGUCAGGGCGCGCAUGCCUCAGAAAACAUGGAAUAAAGAAGCAAAAUGGGUAGAUUUCAUCCUCUUCAAGGAUCCGAAGUUUGCGUUAUACACCGCUGGUGCUUUUCUCGUCAUGUGGGGACUCUGGGCACCAUUCGAUUACCUCUCAAGUAUGGCUCUUAAUCACGGCUUCUCCAAUUCUCUCUCCAUUUAUCUAAUCUCCUUGAUCAACGCCGGUUCCAUACCAGGCCGUAUUCUCCCUGGCCACCUCGCCGACACGAUCGGAUACUUCAACACAAUGACCAUCGUCUGUAUACUAACAGGCUUCUCAAUUAUCACUCUCUGGAUUCCUUUCACAUACCAUUCUUCUCACGUCGGCCUGAUUUUCUUCGCUGUAGUUUAUGGAUUUCUAUCUGGUGCUUUCAUCUCUCUAAUGAUGCCUUGUUGUGCGAAAUCUGGUACGCUUCAAACGUUGGGUCAAAGAUUCGGCACGUUUCAGAGUGUCAUUGCGAUUAGUUGUCUCACGGGAUUGCCAAUUAGCGGAGCGAUAUUGAAUGGAGGAGGGAGUGGAGAUGGGUAUUUAGGACUGCAGAUUUUUAGUGCGGUGUCUAUGGUGGGUGGGGGUGUGGUGAUUGGGGUAGCGAGAAUGGGAAUGGCAGGAUGGAAAUUAGGGAAAAGGGUUUAGGGUCUGCGUUAUUUCUAGGGAGUUGGUAGAUAUGGUGCUUUGGUUGGUGGUAUGAAUUUCUAAAGGCAUGUUGUUUGUGCGUGGGAGGAAACCAGGUAUAUAUAUGUAUAUUCGUCGAUGAAAAUGGCAUAAAUUUGGGCAU